UCAAACCGGUUAAUCAUCUGUUCUUGGAUUUAAAUUAUUUUUCUUGAAAUUGGAAAUGUUGAUUUAAUUUUUUUUCCGCAAUUUAUUCAAUUGUUAUUCUAAUUUUAUUAUUCUGGUGAAAUUUCAUCUAAUUAAAGAUUUUCAGAGGCUCAAUUAUGGUUCGUCAAUGUAAUUUCUGUUGCAACCCUGAUGCUGGUUAUGUUUGUCCGAAAUGUGGUCUUGUUUAUUGUUCACUAAAUUGUUACCGUCAUCGUGAUCAUCUAGAGUGUUCAGAAAAUUUCUAUAAAGAUUUGGUUCUUCAAGAAUUGGCCUCGGAUAAUGAAGCAAAUAAAAGGAUGAAAGAAGCAACAUUAAAGCUCUUGGAAAAGAUGAGGUUGAAUGAAGAACCUGAGCAAAUUUAUAAUCAACUGUUAUCCGAUUCAAAGAAUAGUCAAUCAACUAGAUCAUCUUCAGCUUUGAUUUCUCCGAUUACUGAUGAAUAUGGACUACCUAUUGAGGAACGAGCUAAAUUUGAUAAAUUGGUCCAAAGUGGAGGAAUCUUCAAUCUACUUCCAGCUCAUUUUUGGGAUCCUUGGUACAUUCAAUUUUCUCAAAGUUUAAUUCUCAAAGAUCAAUCAUCAAAUUCGGGGUCUGAUGAUUUAAAAUCAAACAUUAAUGAUCCGCAAAAUGAUGAAGAUCAGUCAGAUGAUUAUGAAGAUAUUGAUGAGGAUGAGGAAGAUAAUGAUAUUCCAAGUUAUCCAACCAAUUUACCAAAACUCGGUGAUAUAAUUAACAAAGAACCCUCGCCAUUAAUUAAAUGUUCAUUAGUCCAGACAAUCUUUGCCUACGCUACUAUUUGUCGCUAUUUCGUUGGUAGUCAUCAUUCCUAUCCUGUUGAGCCUUAUGAUUUACUGAUGAAAUUAUCUUCCCUUAAUUCAUCUAGAGUAUCAUUUCCGGAAACUGGACAAUGUUUACAAUUUGCAAGCCGAUAUUUGAUUGAACACAACAAGAUGCCUUUACUUUUCAUUGAGAAACUUUAUUUUGACACAAGUUUGAUCAUGAAACGGAAUCGAUUGGUACUUAGAUGUCUGGUUGAUAUUAUCCAACUUUGUAAAGGAGCAAAGAAAAGACAAAAGGAUAAAUCUGACGAAAUCAACAAGAUUAUCAAAAAGAUGAAAUUUUAUAUGAGCUGGUGCCUCGAAAAGGAGAAACUUUAUCAAGCCGAGUUGACGUGUAUUCAAUUUGAGGCCCUGUCGUUCAAACAAUUGGUUGUUCAGAACUGCGAGAUUAAUUCAGCCGAACAACAAUCAUCAUCUGGAGAAGCAAAUAAAAGCGACCGUAAGCUUAUUCAAAUCAUCGAUUCGUCGGAUGAUAUUGGUUAAAUCGCUUUUCUACUCCCAAAAUGAGCUGAUAAUUAUUCAUAAAGCUCACACUCGAUUGGCUUAACGUCACCAUAAUAUUUGCAAACUCUUUUAAAACCUGAAGGUCAAACACUUAAAUAACAACUUUAACUACUUCAACAAUCAAUACUUGAUUCUUAUUGUUUACCUUUUCAACAUUCACAUCAAACAAAACAUCAACAACAAUCAAUGAAGAUCAAUUGAAAAAUGGAAACCAGUCAUUUCGGAUGAAACAUCAACUUAAUUAAAUUUAAUUCUUCUCUCUCUC